AUGUUGACCACAACACCGACCCCAGCACCGACCCCGGCACCGACCCCCGCACCGACGCCCGCACCGACCCCCGCACCGACGCCCGCCUCCGCUUCGGCCUCCGGCGACCCUCACCUUGUGAACGUGCACGGGCAGAGGUUCGACCUCUACCAGGCGGGACUGCACACCCUCAUCCGUAUCCCGAAGACGGCCGCUAGGCACAAGACGUCAUUCCUCGUGCAGGCGACGGCGACUCGCCUCGGGACUGGGUGCGAGGACAUGUACUUCACGAAGGUCAACAUCACCGGCAUCUGGGCGCGGGAGCACCGUAGGGAAGACCUCCACUUCAUGGCGGAGGAGCCUCGGCGCGGCCGCCCCAAGUGGAACACCUUUCAUCACGUCGGCGUGAAGGUCGUCCACGGCCACGUGUUCAAGGGCACGAGAUACCUCAACAUCUUCGUGCGCGGCUUGAACAGGGCGAAGUUCUCUAUUGGAGGGCUGCUCGGCGAGGACGACCAUACGGCGGCCAACACGAAGCCCGCGGGGUGCAGGCACGUCGUGAGCAUUUGA